AUGGGCUCCCUCUUCCUUCCAUGGCCGCUGCCUUCCGCCGUUUGUCCUCUCCCGGCCGCUCGUCGCCGACCCCCGGAGCACCACCACGCGCCGCUCGCCGUCCCAUCCUCCUCGUCUCAUCACGUCCGCCUCCCUCCUCCCCUUUCUUCGCUCAGUGAGCUCCGUCUCACUCAAACUGACCUCGCCCGAGCGCACACGCCAGCGUCGACGCGCAUCGUGCCCCGUCCAAGAACUGCCCCACCGGAUGCCGACGCCGCGGCGGCCCUCAUGGUCGCCCGCGCGGAGGCCGGCGACUUCGUGCGGGCUCAGUCCAUCUGGGCGCAGCUCCUGCUCAGCUCCGCCGCGCCGUGCCUGACUGCCGCGGCGCCCCGCCUCCUCCCGGCGUACGCGCGCGUCGGCCGCUACGACGAGGUCCUCCUCGCCGCGAGGGAGCUCGCCGCGCGUGACCCCGCCGCGGCGCGGGACCUCUACCCGCUCGCCGUUUCCUGCCUCGGCGCCGCCGGCGAGCUCGCUCUCAUGGAGGACGCCGUGCAGGAGAUGGCCCGCGCCGGCCUCGGCGUCGACUCCGCCACCGGCAACGCCUUCGUGCGGCACUACGCAGCCUCCGGCACCGUCUCGGAGAUGGAGACGGCGGUCGGCCGGCUCAAGAAGACCGGCCUCCUCAUCUCCGUCGACGCCAUCCGCGCCGUCGCUUCGGCGUACAUCGCCCACCGGAAGUACUACAAGCUCGGCGAGUUCGUCAGGGGCGUCGGCCUCGGCCGCCGGGACGCCGGCAACCUGCUCUGGAACCUCUACCUUCUCUCCUUCGCGGCCAACUUCAAGAUGAAGUCGCUGCAGCGCGCCUUCCUGGAGAUGACCGCCGCCGGGUGCCGGCCGGACCUCACCACCUUCAACAUCCGCGCCGCCGCCUUCUCCAAGAUGUGCAUGUUCUGGGACCUCCACCUCACCGCCGAGCACAUGCGCCGCGACGGCGUCGCGCCGGACCUCGUCACGCACGGCUGCUUCGUGGACGCCUACAUGGAGCGCCGGCUCGCGCGCAACAUCUCCUUCGCGUUCCGCCGGCUGGACGGCGGCGCCGAGCCUGUCGUGGCCACGGACGGCGUCGUGUUCGAGGCGUUCGGCAAGGGGGGCUUCCACGCCACCUCCGAGGUACUGCUAGAGGCGGCCGGCGGGAAGCGGCGGUGGACGUACUACGACUUGCUCGGCGUCUACCUGAGGAAGCAGCACAGGAGAAACCAAAUCUUUUGGAACUACUGA